AGAUGUUGUAUUUUAUUGUCCAGAAUAUUUGUUUUAUAAUGAAAUUCUUUGUUUUACAUCCAGGUUCUACAAUAAAAGAUCUUAGUAUAUAUUUGAAAUUUUACUCUUUAUUUAAAUUAGAAAAUAUUUAGAACUAUACAAAUUUAUGAUAUAUAUUUUAGAUUUAUCACUAUAAUUACUAAAAAUUCUAUUUUUCUUUAUAAAAUAUUGACCGUAUAUACCUCGCAUAAACAUCCGUAUAUACAAUUAAGCACUAUACGGUAGUUCACCGUCCGACCAGUGUAUAGUGUAUUUUAUAACACUGGUUAUUAUGCGUUUGAUACUCAAAUAGAUAGGUAUUUAUAUGGUUUUACUUAUAUGUGCCGCAGGGUGAUACGAUUCAUGCAACUGUUAAUGAGGAUGUGGUUCCGAUCUUUGAAUCAUUCCUCGAAGAAGGUGACUCGAAGAUAUUCAUCAAUUUUUCACUUUCUCAAUCAUGUGGGUCCUAUCGAUUAACCAAGCAUCCUUACAAAAUUUGGUUCCAAGCCACCACUCGGGUUAAAUAUUGUGACGAUUUGCCAUACAGAUUGACUGGGUUCACCCCUGUCAAUUUUCGUGAAAUCUUAGAUGGUAGUCUGAGCCCUGAAUAUUUGAUCGGUGAGUGUAAAUAAAAUAUAUGUACAGAGUGUUUAACGUGGUCAAAAAUAUUAUACUGACUUUUUAAUCUUAUUUUGUAGAUAUUAUUGGUCAGAUUGUAGAGGUUACUCAUCUUGAAAUCGUGUCUCUCAAUGGGAAGGACACAGAAAAGAUUUCAUUAGAGUUAAAAAAUGAAGAGUGAGUUAUACAAUUUGAUAUAGUUUCGUUUUUAUUUUGUAAGGAUCUACCAUUAUAUAUUUUAUUUUCACAUACUUACCACCAUAUCCUUUUAAAUUUUGAUCCUCAGAGAUGUUAGGCUUCCAUUGGUUGUAUGGGGAAAUGUUGCACUAGAACUAAGCAAUGCAAUUCAACUUCUUUCUGAUCGAACUCUAAUUUGUGUUAUGAAGUUUGGGAAGAUCAAAGUAUGGAAAGGUAAACUUCUUUAUUUUCAUGAGGUUACUUAUUUUGAGUGAUCUUUAUAAAUAUGAUAUUCUUAUACAUGGAAAACAUGUUCUUCUUAAAAGAUGAGCGAAGCGUAUGCAAUGCAUACAAUGUGUCCGCUAUCUCCCUUAAUCCAUAUAUUCAAGAGGUAGAAACUUUUGCCAAAUUGUAAGUUUGUAUAUUUUUGGAAAAUCAUCGAGUUGUAUUUUAGUUCAACCUUAUAUCAGUACUGAUUUUACAAAUUUCAUUAUUUUUAUAUUUAGGUUACCAAAGGAAAAUAUAUCUUUAGCAAUUGUGCAGUCUAAACCAUUUUCGAUGGUAUCAAUGAUGUCAGAGGAAGAAGACUACUUCGUUCAAACGCCACAGAAAACAAUAUCUGAUAUUUUGGAGACGAGAAAGGUUUCAGUAACUUCAAUAAUUUCAUCACCUAAGCAUACAUUAAGUUUUCUUAUUUUUAUAAAUAGGAGGAUUAUUUUGAUAGGUUGAGAGGUGUUUUGUAAGGUGCACCAUAGCUGCGAUUGAUAAUGAUAUGGGUUGGUACUAUAUUAGUUGCAAAGUGUGUGGUACAAAACUAGAUAUGUUGCAUAAUAACGUUCAUCCCGGAGGAACCUAUGAACUGGAUGUUCGUUGUAUGCUCUAUUGUACUAAGUGCAAGAUGCUCAAUCCUAAGCUGAAGCUAAGGUACAAGUUGCAUUUGGUAGUACUAGAUAAUACAAGCCACACAAAAUUGUUGGUGUUAGAUAAUAUUGUGCUGCAAUUGCUCCAUCAACCUUGCUUUCAUCCAACGACACAUAUCACAAGUGAAAUCCUGGAACCCAAUGUUUUACGCACCGCUCUCAAGAAUUUAGUUGGUAAAACAUAUUUGUUUAAGAUCAUUAUAGAUAAGGUUAAUUAUCAGUACGAUGACAACACAUUCAGGGUGCAGAAGAUUAUCACCAGCCCAUAUAUGAUAAACGAGUUUGACGUGUCCCCUUAUCCUAAGGGACAUUCAAACAAGUUCUACCCAGAUUUUUCUAAUGGGUCUGAGGACCUAGAGGGUUCUAUGAUGCUAACUGGUAGUUCUUCUGUUGACUCUGAAUCUAAUGUGAAGACUCCUGCUAAACGUGAAGGAUCCACAAUCGAAAGUUUAGAGGCAGCCUUUUAUCAGAGUACUGCUAACAAACAUGGACCUUCGGAUUCGAUCAAGAAAGUGAAGACUGAAAAAAGUGGCUGAAGAGUUAUAGGGUGCUUGUCUACAAGGAAAAUAGGCUUUUUUCUGUUAUUCUUAUAAGUUUUGUUGGUGUUGGCUUUAUAUUAUUUUGCUUAUGUGUUUUCGUUUAUCUAUUUUAUUUAGUCUGAAGCAUUUUAUGUACUCUAAGGUUAUUUAUUGUUAAAUUAAUAUGAAGCCUCUUUUCAUUUUUUGUCUUAACUGGUAUAUUUUGUACUAAAUUGUAGCUCUUUUAUACACUAAAUUAUAAAGCCUUUUUGAAAUAACAAGAUAUAUUAUUGAAGCAAUUAAAAGGUUACUUUUCAAUUUUCGAUAUUUUAAUUUUAUUAUCCAUUAAUAAAGUCUAUCUUCUAUAUAUUAAAAGAUAAGCACUUUUAAAAUUUACCUUAAAAUUUUAUUGGCGAGGAAGGUGACGUGGUUUCACGAGAAGCUUAUAUUUAGUAAAACGAUUAGGUGCCACUAGGGGUGUCAAAAUGAGUUAACUCGCUCAGCUCAACUCAUAGUGAGCUCGGCUCUUUCAUGAGCUAGCUCAGCUCAUUUAUUUUAUGAGCUUCAAUAUGUAAACUCGAACUCAGAUCAUCUAGAUCAUGAGCUAAAUGAGCUAACUCGUGAUCUAAAUAAAAAUAAUUAUAAAAUAAAAUAGUGAUAAAAUAACUUCUAUAAUAUUGUUCAAAAUUUAAAUAUUAAAAAAUUCAAAACAUAAAUAUUAAAUACUAAAUAAAAACCAACACAUGACAAAAAUAAACCUAAUAUAAAUUAAAUUAAAGCAAAACCAAUGAUCCAAAACUAUUAAUCAUAAUUUACCGUGAGUUCUGAAUUGCGAUAAGCAAAAGCGAGAGAGACGUAUGUCAAUUUUGGGAUCAACAAAGUUUGUGAGAGAGAUGAUAGGGUUAAUAUGGGUUUAUAUAGAAGAUUUUUAUAAUUCCUAAACAUUAUAGUUUCUUUUUCUUUCUUCGAAAAAAUUAUAAAUAAAUUUUAAAAGUUUAAUUUCCAUAUUACUUAUAUGUAUGUUUUACGUUUUAAUUUUAGAAGAUAAAUAUGAUUAAUAUAGAAGUUAUCUUUUAAGAAGAUUUGGUUUGACAUUUUAAUUUUAGAAGAUAAAUAUGAUUAAUAUAGAAAUUAUAUUUUUUACAUAAAAAAACAGAAGUUAUCCAAAUAUAAUAUAUAUAUAUAUAUAUUAUAUAAUUGUAAGUAUAAAAAUGAACAAGCUCGUGAGCCAUCUCGUGUUCAUUAAAGAUCGUUUAUAUAACUCGUGAUCUAAUUUAAGCUCGAACAUUAACUCAUUUAUUAAAUGAGCUUAAAAUAUAGAGAUCAUGCUCAUGAAAAAAACAAGCCGAGCUGAACCAGCUCAUGAGCUGUAGCUCAUUUUGACCGUGUCACGAAGAGAACGUUUCUCGCCAAAAAUGUAAAUUUAAUGUGUUCACACUAACAUUUUUUUUAAAGAACUUCAUAUCAUCUAAACUUUUCUCGACAAACACUUUUACGUGAUAAACCUUCAUCUUCAAGUUCGAUUAGUAGAUUUCUCAAUCCUCUCAAUAUAAUCAUAGCAUCAAUAAAUCAUCAUUAUUCUUCUAUAUGUUUCUGUUAAAAAAGGUAACCCAUCUGAUCUAUUGCCAUUAAGUCGACAGAUCCGUAAAGACGACAAAACGAUGAAACUUUAGUACGAAGCCAAUUGUUAAUGAAAUAACCCUUUUCUCCAUACUUGCCUUCAUGCAUUUAGAAGAUCACUUACGUUCUUGAGAGCCACCUCUCAUUGCUGAAAGAGGACGUUAAAAAUCUAUUUCUAGAUAAAUGUGAGGUACUCGGUUUUAUUACUGCUCGAUGAAGUGAUGUUUCGAUGAGAUUGAAUCACUGUAAAUCGUCUCGGCUUAGUGUGUUAGUCUUCUCGAGCAAGCAAUAUAAGCAUGCGGUGUCACCACCUUCGCCGCCAUGAGAGUUCUGCAUUAGACGACCUUGAAGAUGAGAAGAAACUUCCAGUAACGAACAACCAGCAAGUCUCACGUGCUGGUCGCAUCUGGAACAACCUUUACAAUUUAGGACGAACACGUUUACGUGAUGCCAACGAGAUAUGAGCAGAACACUUUAACAUUGGUCAGCCAGUUUUUCGUAAACGUGAAACAACUUACAAAGAUGUUACACAAAAUAUCGCAGCUCGGAACAACCUGACCGUUUUACAUCACUAGUGUAGCAAAAUGUAUGUAUAUCAUAAUUUCACCUACAUGAUGAUCACAAUAUUGGUGGUACAUUUUUUAGUUUAUAGAGUAUGAGCUAAUAUUUUUUGAAGUUAAUGAUUUAUCACGUAAAUGUUAGGUUCCACGGUUUUUGGGUAUCCACUAUAUAGAAGUAGGACCUAAUAUUUUUCAAAGAUAUUGUUUUAUCACGUAAACGUGUUCUGCUCAUGUGUAAAUGCAACGACUUAGUGUAUUAGUCUUCUCGAGCAAGAAUAUAAGCAUGUGAGUGUCACCACCUUUGCCGCCAUGAGAGCUCUGCAUUAGACGACUUUGAAUAUGAGAAGAAACUUCCAGGAAAGAACCACCAGCAAGUCUCACGUGCUGGUCGCAUCUGGAACAACCUUUACAAUUUAGGACAAACACGUUUACGUGAUGCCAACGAGAUAUGAGCAGAACACUUUAACAUUGGUCAACCAGUUUACGUAAACGUGAGAACACUUUAUCACUUUAAAAUGUUAUUGUUUAUGAUCAGAACUGAAUUAUUGAGUUUUAUUGUUCGCUUCAGACAUCUAACAACAGUUGAAGGUUGUUCGGAUAUUUUAUUUGAUCCUCAGAUUUCAUAAAUCUAGUACUAAAAAUCAAUCAAUGUGUGUUUAUUAUGAUUUCAAAAUAUUAUUAUAGCAAUUGUGAACAUAAUUAGUAUUAAUCUUAAUAAUAUUGAUUUAAAAAAAAAUUAUUUACUUUCAGGAUUCUAUUCCGCGUAUUUUGAGUCGACUUCAAGAGAGUUGAAGACUUUAAUUUAUUAUGUUAUGCAAGUUUUAUGUUAUUUUGGGUUUUUUAUUCUAAACUAAUUAUGUGUUUUAGAGGGUCGAAUAACCUUCAAUUUCUUUUAUUAUGCAACUAUGUUUUCUGAAUUUAAAGAAGCUAUACUUUUUUUUUAUUUCACAUAGUUAUUAUUUUGCUUAUAAUAUGUUAUUUAUCCACCUUUUUUUAUUUUAUUUGUUAAACCCCUAAGUCCAUAACUAUUACAACGUGAUAGACGAAAUAUAAAAAAAAAAAAAUUUCAAAACUUCUUCUCAAACUUGCAAACACCAUAUGUUAAAUUUUAAUAUUAGUGCACCCAUUAUAAAAAGUAUAUGGCUUUGUCUCUGAUAAUAAUCAUACCUUUAGUUUUACCUCACUAUGGUUUAAAAUAUACAUUAUGUUAAAGAUAAUCAUAAUAUAUAAUUUUAACAUUAAUAUAGAUAUUUUAUUCUGUGUGAAGCGCGAAUUAAUAACUAGUAUAUUGAAAAAGAGGCAAUGUUGUCAAUUUACGACCUAAGAAAUUAAAAUAAGCCACAAAUAUAAGCCCAAUAAAAAAAAAACUGGGAUAAGACAUGGGUCUUACGCAGGGUACAUUUAUAUGAAAAUUAUAUAGGAAAUAUCGUGUGGAAAAAAAUUAUAUUAUU